GCGUGUCGUGCGUGAGCGAGUGUAGACCCGCUAGUGCGUACAAGGACCUGUGUGGGACUCCAUCCGACGUUCGGAGUGCACGCCGGAUUACUUAUGUGUGCUUUUGGGAUUAAUGGAGCGCCAUCAACACGAGGUUCAAGAGGUCCUGCUUUCAGUCCAUAUUCCAUUUUUCCUCCUCCAUCCCUUCAAAGAUCAUCUGUCAUCCGCCGUCUUCUCCCUGAGCCGACAUGCCUCCGCCAGUGGGGGGGCCUGCGGGUUACACCCCCCCCGAGGGGGGCUGGGGCUGGGCCGUGGUCGUGGGUGCGUUCAUCUCCAUCGGCUUCUCCUACGCCUUCCCCAAAUCUAUAACGGUAUUCUUCAAAGACAUCGAGGUGAUCUUCAACGCCACCCCCAGCCAAGUGUCCUGGAUCUCGUCCAUCAUGUUGGCUGUCAUGUAUGCAGGAGGUCCAAUCAGCAGCAUCAUGGUGAACCGAUUCGGCAGCCGACCAAUCAUCCUGCUGGGGGGCUGCCUGGCAGGGUCGGGACUGGUCGCCGCCUCCUUCUGCAACACGGUGGCGCAGCUCUACUUCUUCAUCGGGGUGGUCGGAGGAUUAGGACUGGCGUUUAACCUGAACCCAGCCCUCACGAUGAUCGGCAAGUACUUCUACAAGCGGCGGCCCAUCGCCAACGGCAUCGCCAUGGCCGGCAGCCCCGUCUUCCUGUCCACGCUGGCCCCGCUCAACUCGUGGCUGUACGACGAGUACGGCUGGAGGGGCAGCUUCCUCAUCCUCGGGGGGCUUCUGCUCAACUGCUGCGUGGCCGGCUCGCUCAUGCGCCCCAUCGGACCCAAGCCGCGGCCCCCCGAGCCCGACGGCGGGGCGGCUGAGGCGGCGCGGCCCAAGAAGACUGCGCUGCAGACCGUCAACUCCUUCAUCGACUUGACGCUGUUCAAGCACCGCGGCUUUCUGCUCUACCUGAUGGGCAACGUCAUCAUGUUCUUCGGCCUCUUCGCGCCACUCGUCUUCCUGUCCAAUUUCGCCAAGAGCAAAGAUAUCAGCAAGGACAAAGCAGCGUUCCUGCUCUCCGUGCUGGCGUUCGUCGACAUGUUCGCUCGGCCCUCCAUGGGCCUGCUGGCCAACACCAAGUGGGUCCGACCCCGGGUGCAGUACUUCUUCGCCGCCGCCGUCCUCUACAACGGCGUGUGUCACGUCAUGGCGCCGCUCUCCAGCGACUACACGGGAUUCGUGGUUUACGCCAUCUUCUUCGGCUUCGCCUUCGGCUGGCUGAGCUCGGUGCUCUUCGAGACUCUGAUGGACCUGGUGGGGGCGCAGAGGUUCUCGUCCGCCGUGGGCCUGGUCACCAUCGUGGAGUGCGGCCCCGUCUUGCUCGGCCCCCCGCUGACAGGAAGCUUCUACAACUACUACCAACAUUACAACUACACGUACAUCUCGUCCGGCGUCAUCCUCAUCGUGGCCAGCCUCUUCCUCUUUGCGGGAAUGGGCGUCAACUACAGACUGGUGGCGCGAGAGAAGAAGGACGAGGAGAAACGGGAGCGGCAGGAGGCCGAGGACGAGCGCGCCGCCAUGCUGGCCCCCGCCUCGCCCUCAAAGGCUCCCGCCGAGGAGGAGAACGCCCACGCCGCGCCUGACGCAGCACCUGAUGCCAGUAAAAUGGAGGAGGAUUCAAAGAUGGAUGAGAACACGGUAUAGGAGCACAACAGACUCUGGGAGACAGAUGCACACUUAGCUCAAACAUACACUUUUACUUAUAGACCCGCACCGCACUCACAUCUCUUUUUUUUUUUUUUUCUCUCUUUAUUGACGUGCCUGCGGCGGGGAACAAAAGUUGUUGAGGAGGAGCACAUGCACAGAAUAUUAACAGUAGUUUUACUCUCAGGGUCUCCAGCUGCCAUCAUGCGCCGAGAGAGGGAGAGAAAGUGUGUGUGUGUGUGUGUGUGUGUGUGUGUGUGAGUGUGCGUGAGAGUGUUUGUGAGCUUCAACCGAACAAGAUGACCUGACACGCUCACACACAGUGGUCUUAUUGGGGUGGUAUUUCUAUGGCAGACGUCAGUAUUUGAACUUGUGAAUCAUGCGAAGCUACACACGCGGCCGUGAACAAAUAUUGGAGCUCAGUGGAUACAAACAACCUGAUUCGAAGGAGCGCGUGUGUGUGUGUGUGAGAGAGAGAGAGAGAGUAGUGUGUGCGAGUGUGUGUGGUUUUUACAUUUCACAACAGAAUGUGUCGAAUCCGUCACAGCUUCUUUUACCAGCAGCAGAAGUCACUUUGUUAGUUUUUUUGUUUUUUUAACGGUAGGACAAGCCUAUUGGUUUCCAAAUGGUUAAGGAUGGAUGAUUAAACUUGUGCCAAUAAACUCGUGGAUUCAAAUCAUCAGUCAUACGAAAGCCAGCAAGGGAAGGAAUUUCCCCUCAAGCAAAUCCUGAAUAUAUUAUUCAUCGUUUAUUCCAGAGUAUUGUCAUAACUUUAGUCCUUUUUUUCCCCCGCCCUUCGUCUCCUGGCGUUGCUCUCUCUUUUUCAAUUCCCCUUCUGUCUCGGCCGCAGAGCGCAUUGGUGCAGUGUUCCCCAAACUUUAGUGAGCCAAAGCACCUAUUUUACAAGAGGAAAAUCUCACAGGAGAAAGCCAAAGAGAAAUAUCCCAAGUUUAUACUGUACACUGAAAUAAUGAUCUCGUCUCAGCGUGAAAUGUAUGUGCGCCACUUUAGUUAGACGUAAAGCCAUUUAGUUGUGUGUCAGCAAGAGGAAGAGCCUUUAAAUGUUCUGCCUGUCACUAUACGUUGCUGGCAAAGAUAGAUGAAUGAAGAUACAAUUUUUGGAGUCAACAAAAUCAAUAUUUUCGAAGUUCAUUUCAGUGAUGACCUCAAUGGUUGGGAAUCACUACGUUAGUGCAUCUUGUGGUCCGACAUCAUUCUCUCGUGGACAAACACGGUUGUCUACCCAUUUAUUAUGACAUUCCAAUUUAAUGGCGUACAUUAUCAGCACAAUUUUCGAUACUGCCCUGCCGGAUUGUAACACAAAACGAAAGCCUUUCGCGGUGAAAAGAGGCUCUUCGAUGCGAACAAAAUGUAUCUGUUGUUGUUUUUUACAUUCUGUACUUAGGAAAAAUUACACCUUUUUAAAUGAAGAACUGUUUCUGGAAAAACAAAAAACAGGCUGUUUUGGUUUUCAAGACUCAUACUAAUUACUGUAACUGUGAUAUUUUUAUGAUGGCAGAGUG